CCCAUGAAACUCACGCCACCCCCACGAACUAGAACUGAAACCCCUAAAAACCACCCCCACGAACCAGACGAACGCAAUUCCAUGAAUUUGAACCCACGACCACACGAACCUAAAUCGCAAGAGAAGAUGAGAUGAAUGAUUUUGAUGAAAUUGAUUUUGAUGAGAAAUUAAAGAAGGGUGAGGGAGAUGAAUGAUUUUGAUGAGAAAUUAAAGAAGGGUGAGGGAGAUGAAUGAUUCUGAUGGAUAUGAACGGUGAGGCAGAUAAUGAUUUUGAUGAAGAUGAAUGAUUUUUGGUGAAAAUGAUUACAAUAAUCAGAUUCAUUAGGUAAAGAGUUAAAUUAAGUUAGUGAUUUAAUUAGAUGUUUAAGUUGUUUAAGUAAGGGUAAUAUGUUCAUUUAAUUGGCAAAAAGUUACUAAAAGUGGAAAGAAAAAAAAAAUGUUGCACAUAAUAGAUAGCAACCGAAAAUGGCAAAUGUUGCAAAUAACCGUUAACGAAGGUAGUAUAAAUCUUAUUAUCUACUAAGUGAUAUAAUGAUUUGUUUUUUCUUACAAAUUUUUAGUUUUAGUUUUUGAUCUAUUCUUCCCUCCGACUUAUGUUAUGUUAUGCUUUUGACUUUGGUGUUUGAUGCGAAUUAUAAUUUAUAGAAUUGUAAGCUACAAGUAUGUUGCUUUAACUCUUCAUUUCACAUCGAGUAUAGUGAUCGUGUUAGAUUAUUGGCAUUUUGACACUACUAGUGUAAAACUUCAUUUUGGACAAAAAUUACUAAUGUUUCUUUCUAGAAUAAUGGUUGUUGAGUCAGACUCACAAUCGUACUGGACACGAGUACUCGAGUUCGAAUAACAUAGAUAAUAGGUCAAUAUCAAAAAUGUAUUGAGAUGGAUAGAUGUGCAAAUAAUUUGAGACACACAAGCAAGUAAUUAGUGAAUAGAGUCUAAGAAUGCGAGGUAAUAUGAGAUGAUUGAAUUAUUAUAUUAUACUCCGUAGUUUUUAAUAGUACAAAUAAAAAAUUGUUACUCAUUAGAUUUUGGAAGGAUAAGGUAUUGAAGAAAAUGUGACUCAUUAGUCUUCAAUUUAUUAAUAUCCUAUUGAUCCCAUUUUUGUGGUACGGAAUUAGUAUUAUAAUUGUGAUUAAUUAUAGAACUUUGUAUGUCAUUAGGACAAUUAUAGUAUAAUUAUGACAAAGAGAGAUUAUGUGAUCUUUGAGGCUUAAAUUUCUCCAAAGAGAAGGGACACGUCGCCUAUGUUAUAAACUGAGGACGGCACCGAAUCCUGUUGACUUCCGCUUUAUGUCAGCCUCAUUUCCUUUAUAUAACCCCCUUGUACUCCUCAUACGGACCCUACAACACUUUUGCUUCAUCUUUAACAUACAUUUUUUUUUCUCUCAAAAACUGAAAAAAAAAACUCCCUACUAUUUUCUCUCUCUACAAAAAAGUUCUUAAUCUUUAGGACACUUCAAAACUAUAAUCUUAAAUUUUAAAGGACAUACUCUUAAAUCUUAAUCUCUCAUCAUGGGUAGAGCACCUUGUUGUGAUAAAAAUGGUUUGAAGAAAGGUCCUUGGACUCCUGAAGAAGACCAAAAACUUAUUGAUUACAUUCAAAAACAUGGUUAUGGCAAUUGGCGAACUCUUCCUAAGAAUGCUGGACUUCAAAGAUGUGGGAAGAGCUGUCGUCUACGGUGGACAAACUAUCUCCGACCAGACAUCAAGAGAGGAAGAUUUUCCUUUGAAGAAGAGGAGACCAUAAUUCAGCUCCAUAGCAUUUUGGGGAACAAAUGGUCGGCUAUCGCAGCUCGCUUACCAGGACGAACUGAUAAUGAAAUCAAGAAUUAUUGGAACACCCACAUCAGGAAGAGGCUUCUAAGGAUGGGAAUCGACCCCGUGACCCACAGCCCUCGCCUCGACCUCUUAGACCUCUCUUCAUUGUUGAAUAACUCAUCCUUUUACAACAACACUUCACAAUCAUCCCAAAUGAACAUGUCUAGGUUACUUGGAAUGCAACCUAUGGUGAACCCUGACCUCCUAAAACUAGCUACCUCACUUCUCUCAAAUCAACGCCAAAACCUACAAGAUUACCAAGGAAACAAUGAUUUUACUAGCAAUGCCCAAAUGCAAAAUAACUUUAACCCAAUGGUACAAACUAGUCAAAUUCAAACCCCAAUUCAAAAUCCUCUCCCAACUUGUACUACUAUGACGACUACUGCUGCUACUACUGCUAAUACCGCGAUUACAACAAUAGAUGCUACUCGUCCUUGUGUACCAUACUUCGACGAAGCUCAAUUGAUGGAGCCUAAUUUUGAACAAUAUCCUACAAGUAUUUCGAACUUUGAUGCACAAAACUUUGAUCAGUGGCAAAGUAGUGGUUUGCCUAUGUCGGAUGGCUUGGUUAAUAUUCAACCUACAAAUUUCGGCUAUUAUGGUUCUGAUCAAACUUUCAUGGACCCUUCACUGUCUGAUAAUUCGACUUUUCAAUCAAACAUAAGUUCACAUUCAAACUUCAUGAGCUAUGCACCAUCAGUUAUGUCAACUCCAUCUUCAAGUCCUACACAUUUGAAUUCGGGUUCGAAUUCAACUACAUAUGUCAACAGCAGCGGGACAGAAGAUGAACCAGAAAGCUAUUCCAGUGACAUGAUUAAGUUUGAAAUCCCUGAUUUUCUUGAUGUAAAUCAGUUUUUGUUAGCUCAAACCAACUGAUCAUGUAAUAUAUUUUUCUUUUAAAUAGGAUUUUUUUUUAAAAAUAGAUUUUCUUUCAUUUAGUUUAACAAGUUUAUUUUAAUUGUAUACAUACUGUAUAAUUUUAUACUUUAUGUAAUUUUCAGCUGAUGAAUGCAUAAAAAUUCAGUAUAUCCAUCAUAUCUCACUUUGU